UAACUCACACAAUAACAAGAAACACAUAUACAAAGACUACCAUUUUGAUCUCAAUGGCACUCCCUAAUGGAAUCACUUCGACUGAAGAGCUUCUUGAUGCUCAGGCUCAUAUUUGGAGCCAUGUUUUCAGCUUCAUAAACUCCAUGUCCUUAAAAUGUGUAGUUCAAUUAGGCAUCCCCGAUGUCAUCCACAGGCAUGGCAAGCCAAUGAAGCUUCCGGAAUUAGCCGAUGCCCUCUCCAUCGACCGAGCAAAAACUCCAUGCCUCGAGCGACUGAUGCGCCUUAUGAUUCAUUCCAAGUUUUUUGUUGGCACCAAAAUCUCCGAGGAUAGCGAUCAAGAUGGAUAUUGGCUCACGCCGUCUUCCCGGCUACUCCUGAGGGAUGAGCCGGCCUCAAGUUUGGCGUCAUUUGUGCUCUACCGUGUGGACCCGAAUAUCAUGGAUCCGUGCCAUUCUAUGAGCAAAUGGUUUAGGACGGAUCAUGGCACGCCGUUUUUCACUACUUAUGGGAUGGAAAUUUGGGAAUAUGCCGGGAAAGAUGCAAGGUUUAAUAUGUUAUUUAAUGAGGCUAUGGCUAGCGAUGCUCGAUUGGUGUCGGGUAUACUCAUUAGGGAUUGUAGGCAUAUUUUUGAAGAGUUGAGAUCGAUUGUGGAUGUCGGAGGGGGCGUGGGAGUUGUGAGCAAGGCUAUCGUUGAUGCCUUCCCGGGCUUGAAGUGUACCGUGGUCGAUCUCCCUCAUGUUGUUGCCGGAUUGGAAUCGACUAAGGACUUGAUCUAUCUUGAAGGCGAUAUGUUCGAGUUUAUUCCUUCAGCUGAUGCUGUAUUUAUGAAGUGGAUAUUGCACGAUUGGCCCGACGAUAAGUGUGUCAAAAUAUUGAAGAAUUGCAAAGCUGCAAUCCCCAGCAAAGAGAAGGGUGGGAAGGUGAUGAUUGUGGACAUGGUGCUUGGUGAGGAAUCAUUGGAAACUCAGCUGUUAUUCGAUAUGCAGAUGAUGAUUUGCCUUUCUGGGAAAGAAAGAACUGAAAAACAGUGGGCUGAUCUUUUUACUGCUGCUGGAUUUAGUAGUUAUAAGAUCACAAAUAUUUUUGGAUUAAGGCAUCUAAUUGAGGUUUUCUAUUGAUCAUAUCGGCUUUGUUAGCAUAUACAAUUUAUUUAUAUUGUAUAAAUAAUUUUUUUUGAGAUAUUAUAUCAUGAUCUAUAUAUAAUA